AAAAUGCAAUCGAAUAUAAUUUUGCUAUUUGUUGCGGUGUUGCUAAUGCCUGAAGCUUUGGCGAAGACGAAAAGAUUUUUGCGACUACAAACAGAUCCUCUGUCAAAGACGCGCUGUGACUUAAUAUGCAUUGAUGCAAGCAAGGAGACGAAAUCUCAGUGUCGCUCAACAUGUCGUUCAGAAGAGCGAAAGCCUGGAACUUGUCCAGCUGGAGACGAUCCCAGGUGGAUGGCUUCAUGCGUAGAAGCAUGCAAUCAAGACUCUCAAUGCGAUGGUACUCAACGUUGCUGUAAACAUGGCUGUAGCUCUAUGUGUAGUGAACCCGUAGAUCUGAUGACUGUACCAGGCCUACCAGCUCUGCCGACAAUGGAUGAGAUAAAGGAAAGAAGACGUGCUGUACAGAUUAAAUGGUCUGAUGGCGUAGGUGAUUCUGCAAGAGCUGUUCCGGGACGCGUUUUAUAUAUCUUAGAAGAACAACAUCAUUUAGGCCCUAAGUAUGAAGAAGAGAGGCUUGGAGACUGGAAUCUUAUACUCAGAACUAACAAGACAAAAGUAUCACUUCGUAAUCUUCUAAAAUCUGGACGAUGGUACCGUUUCCGUGUUGCUGCCGUUAGUUCAUCUGGUACUAGAGGUUAUUCAGCACCAAGUUCACCAUUCACACCACGUAAAGGACCGAGGCCACCACCGCCACCAAAGAAACUUAAAGUUUCACCAGUUCGAUCCGAAAACGGGACAGUAACAAUAAGACUGGAAUGGAAAGAACCACGAUCUGAUUUGCCCGUGAUGCGUUACAAAGUUUUCUGGAGCAGACGAGUGCGAGGCUUAGGAGGAGAAUUGGAUUCAGUUCUUGUUAACCAUCAAACAGUUCCAAAGGAACAAACGUAUGUAGAAAUUAGCGACUUGCAGCCCAAUUCAAUGUAUUUCUUGCAAGUUCAAACAAUUAGUGUAUUCGGUCUCGGAAAACUAAGGAGCGACAAAGCAGCUAUUUUCUACAAUACAACAAGUGCAACAGAAGAACAACCCCCGGAAGCUCUUACUAGAAGAAAAGAUGUAAGGAGUAUCAAGGGUGUAAAAUUGAACAAAUUCAUAUGGUUGGAUCAUAAAAUAAAAGCGAAGAUAUCAUGGGAGCCUACUUAUCAACCUAAGGGUAACAAGAGGUAUUAUGUCCACUGGAAAAUGAUUGCAUGUCAACAUCCUGUUAAAGAAUUAAAGGAGUUAUCGGCAGUGACUGAGCAAAAUUCAUUCGAAAUUUACGAAUUGGAUUAUAAGUGCAAGUACAGAGUGAACAUAAAUAGGUCAUGGAAUACGAAAACACCGGAUUCCGAAUUUAUUUUGACCGUUCCCCAGUGUGACUAUUUUAAGAAGAAAGUGACUACCGCAACAGUGAAUUGUAAACCUUGAAAAACAUUUUUUUUUUUAUUUCUUAAUAGGGCUGUUAUGUGAAAUAAACCUGAAUUCCUCAGAACUGAGAUUAAAUUUAAAUUAAGAAGUACCUAAAAACUUUACUUUUUUGGAUAUUAUUUCAUUAAUCGCCUAUAGUAAGCAAGAGUUGUAUAUUUAUUUUUCUAGUGUAAUAAAAUUAAAAUAGACUGUUAAAGAUUGGAAAUAUGGAUGUAAUAUUAACAUCUAAAUAUGCCAUCGAUAUUUUUAUGACUUUUUAUACAAAAUUAGAUAUAAGGAACUAUAAUUCUAUGUUUUGAUACUGUGAAUGAAUAUGUUUUACAAUAUUAAUACUUAAUCUUAUUCUUGACUGUUGGUAAUAAAUAUAUUUUAUUUUA